AUGAGUAUUUUACUCAAGUUUUUGAAGAUGCCAAAACCUCAGCUUCUGAAAUUGAUUGCGAGGUGUUACACUUUGAAAAUGUCGCUUGACUUCGUCAAGAAAAAGCAAUUCACUUAUGAGUGUGUUGACAAACCAAUUAUUGAGUCCCGUCAAAAAUGUAAAAUUAAAGUAUUUUUUCACAUUGUGGAUACAGCUAUAAACUCCUUAGAAUUAGGAUUUUUCCAGGUUUCUAAGCACAUUAAAUAUUUUGCUUUUCUGUAUAACAUAUAUGCCUUAAGAGAACUCCCAAAAGAUGAAUUGUUAGAAUAUUGUAAGAACCUCGAGGCUAUUUUAACUCAUGAGAAUUCAAGUUAUACAAAUGCAUUAGAACUUUAUGAGGAGUUGUCAGUCCUUUGUAUGUUUUUAAAUAGUAAUUUAUCUCCUCAAAAUGUUUCGAAAUUUGUAACAGAUUUAAGAUUUGGUCCAACUAUCAGUAUUACGCUCAGGAUCCUUUUAACUUUACCAGUAACAGUUCCAAGUGGUGAAAGAAGCUUUUCUAAAUUAAAAAUUGUAAAAAAUCAUCUGCGAUCCAUGACACAGAGUAGAUUAUCUGGAUUGGCUAUGAUUUCAAUAGAAUACAAGGUUUACGACAGUUUAAAUUUAUCAGAUAUUAUUAAAGAUUUUGCAGAACAAAAAGUGCGAAGAAAAUUACUAUAA